GAUGCAGUCGACCACGGAGGAUGACUCUGGAAGCUCAACGCAGAUGGAGACACUGCGACCCACAGAGGAUGACCUCGAGACAGCUUUGGAUCGAGAGCUGGACGGUCCUAAGGAGGCUGCAACCCACCCACAGACAGAGCUGGAUGAGGACGAUCUGGAAAAAGAACUGGAAAGGGCUAUGGACGGCUUGAAUGAUAUCGAGAUGCGCUCAGCAGGAGAUGAGGAAUUGGAGAAGGAACUGGACGAACAGCUACAAACACCCGCCAAAGAGGCAAGACCUGAGAAGCCAAGUCCCAAGAGCUCGAAGAAAAGCCCGCAGAAGGAUCACUUCGUGGAUGAAAGUCGCUUCAUAGAGGACAAGGAUGGCAAGCGGCUGCACAAGUGGGUGGUUGACUACGCGAGUCGUGGUGGAGGUGGACGGGCAAUGUGCCGCGACAAGGAUUGUUUGGAGAGACGCGAUCAGGCUGGUGUGGCCGCAAUUGAGAAGGGAGCCCUUCGAAUUGGCCAUCGCAUCCGGACCUCCCAUGAUGGUAACAGCGACGUGUGGAUCUUGUGG